AUGCAUUUGGGGACAUACAUUCCACCAAUGUUUCAACCACUGCUGCCAUUAGCACCACCUACAAUCCCUUCCAUGCUGUCAACACCGACAAAGCUGAAACACCACACUGCUAACACUCCCACCAUACCGACACUCCCACCAUACCACUCUCCCACCAUACCGACGCUCCCACCAUACCGACCCCACCAUACCGACGCUCCCACCAUACCGACGCUCCCACCAUACCGACGCUCCCACCAUACCGACACUCCCACCAUACCGACUCUCCCACCAUACCGACACUCCCACCAUACCAUACCGACACUCCCACCAUACCGACGCAUCCCACCAUACCGACACUCCCACCAUGCCGACGCUCCCACCAUACCGACGCUCCCACCAUACCGACGCUCCCACCAUACCGACGCUCCCACCAUGCCUCCUGCACCCCAACAACAACCUCGCCAACAACAACCCCACAUGCCGUUACAUUAUCUGUUAGGAACUUGUCCAUCUUAUUCACAGAAGAAGCCUCACUGA